UCUUAAUCUCAGUUAGUAAAAAUACUAUGGAAAUAAGAAUUGGUGGUUUGUAUUCGUUCGGGGUGAUUAUGCGGCGAUCGGUGUGAUUAUGCGGCGAUCGGUGUGUGGAACUGAGACCCAUGGGGUUGAGUUUUAGGGCUUACGGUGUUCGAAGUUAACUUCGCCGAGCGUGGGCAGUUAUCUGCCGAAAUGCUGGUGUGAUUUUCUUUUAGGCUACGUUUUUGAAGUUGGAUUGGGGGAGCCGGUUGUUAGAUUUCAAUAUUGUGUCUUUGUGAACGCGGGGUAGCUCGGUGCAUCCGUCAGAUGAAGGUACUCGCAUGGCGGGGCAGGAAUGGUCGAGGAUGAUUGCAAGGGUUUAAGCUCUAUCUGCUUGGAAUCUUGGCUAUGAAUUUGGAUUCCAUCAAGAGGUCGGAUGUUUCUUGCCAUCUAUUUGGAUGUGAACCUGAAGUGUGAUCUGCCGGAGUGUCCUUCCGACCUUGCAUUGUUAGCUCUGUUUCCACGUUCAGUUGGACCAUGCGUUGGAAGAGACUGCAACAUAAUCCUUCGUUAUUUCAGUAACGACAACGAACAUCUCGAAGCUGAUGAAAAAGGCCGGGAAAUAGAAUCAGGAUCUAGUGGUUUAUGAUUGGGGUUCCGAGCAGCAGCAGGAUCGGAGGUCGCAAUGGAAAUGCACAGGGCUCAAAAGCCUUGGUCACAGAAUGUUGUGCUUGUGGUCAUGGAUCUCAGCAAAGACGUUUCAAGUUGUGCUAUCAACUGGGCCUUGAGCAAUGUUGCUCGCAACGGCGACAUCCUUCGUCUCCUUGGCAUAAUCACCCAUGUUCAGAAUUCUAUGGGAUUCAAGAGCCGUAUUGACAGCAACACUUGGAAUGGAGCCAGCAGAAAGACCUUAGAAACCGAGAUUGAGAACAAGCGGUGUAUGCUUCAAAACAUUAAUAACCUUGAUAACAAGUGCAAGAAGGCUGGGGUACAGUUAACGAUUGAGGUGUGUGUUGGGCAAAAUCCUAAGACUAUUGUUGUAGAAGAAGCUAAAAAUUCCGGGGCGUACCAUGUCGUAGUUGACAAGACAAUGAAGAAGGAUAGAAAAUAUUUCAUCGACAAUCUGACGUGCUUCGUGACUCGCGUCCGGGCAUCUGGCGGGGCGGAGAGUAUUCGUUCCUUCGCUGUAAGCAAACCGACCCCCCAGCCUCCUGCCGGCGGUCCCACCCCUUUCAACACGCUAUGUAGCAGUUUUUAUAUAUCCUCGCAAUCCAGUUCGUACACAAAAAAUUUGUCUACCAAUGAUUCCUUGCGCGGAUCAUCCGUGUCGUCCACGACAUUCAACCAGGAUUUCAAGGAGAGCAAAGAGAGGAUGGGACUGCCGACUACGACGAAGCGGAAUUCCAUGGCCUCAACUAACAGCACCUCUAUCAGCUCUUUUUCUAUGACUUUCGAUACCAUAUCGUCAUGCGACGAUCUAUUUUCGAUAAGCCACGAGACAAUAUCCGAACGCGAUGCUUCCCUGUGUGGGUCAGAGUUGACAACUUCCGAUCACAACAAUGCAGGGGGUUCCGGAGUUAUGUCCACCAGAGUGGAUAUCAAGGUGGAUGGCCCGAGAAAUACUAUACCAAGACCUCAAUGGAAUGCCAGGUCAAGUGCUCCUCAGUUUGACGAAAGUCUCAAGUUGAGUAGCGGACUUUCAAGUUCGCAACUCUCACAUGGACUUCCAAUACGCUCCAGCAUGAACAGAAACAGUGCACUCUCAAGAACGUCCUCAGGUAAUGCAAGCUCAGUUUGUGGACGGUCUGAGGGAUGUGGGCGAUCUCUAGGAAGUACCCGGUCUACAGCAAGUGGGGUAUCUGCUGGAAGUGGAUGGUCUGGAGGAAGCAUUCGAUCUGCAGGAACUGUGCGGCCUGCUAUGCGGCAAGCAGUUACAAUUUCAAAGACAGUCUGGGUUUGGACCACGAGCAAGGAUGUGAUGACAGCUUCUGUUGAAGGCGGCUGGUCAACAUUUAUCUUCACAAAUGAGACGAUGGACCUUGCCAAUGAGUGGACAUCCCUUGCGAAAAUCAACCCACUCUACCUGGAGGAUUGCCAAUUCUUAAACUCGGAGAACAAGCAAGUGGCUAUCUUAGGCCAAGUUGGUUCUAGCGAGGAACUUGAUAUCCUUUCUGACUUGAUGGCCAAGGCUAAGAUCGUGGUUAUGGACGCACUGGAUUGGCAGUGUCAUGGUCAACAGAUCUUUCCGGCUGAGAACAUGGUGGCAGCUUUUCUCGGCAGCAACACAGCACUUUACGCCAUAGCAAGCACAGCAAGUGAUGCUCAAUUAUACCUAGAAGCUCUUGAGAAGGGCGCUGAUGGAAUUGUCUUGCACACCGAUGAUAUUACUGAAGUAUUUGCUCUCAAGGCAUAUUUAAAAGAUCAAAAGAGUUCAACAACAAAUAUUUCUUUGGUGGAGGCUACAGUCACCCAGGUGGAGUCUGUUGGUAUGGGAGAUCGUGUUUGUGUCGAUCUAUGUAAUCUACUGAAUCCCGGAGAGGGGUUAUUGGUUGGCUCCUUUGCGAGAGCUCUCUUCUUGGUACAUUCGGAGUGCUUAGAAAGCAACUAUGUGUCCUCUCGACCUUUCCGAGUGAAUGCUGGGCCGGUUCAUGCGUACGUUGGUAUGGCUGGUGGCUAUACGGCGUACCUUUCUGAGCUUCACACUGGCAGUCAAGUAAUGGUAGUGGAUGCAAUGGGCAACACUCGGCCUGUCUUGGUUGGGCGUGUGAAAAUUGAAUCAAGACCUCUGCUGCUUGUGGAAGUGGAAGUGGGUGGUCAGAGACAUAGUGUCUUGUUACAAAACGCAGAAACUGUCUGUUUGUGUUCAUCUCAAGAUGGAAAUACCGCAAAAGCACUCCCCGUCACUUGCCUGAAAGUGGGAGAUAGACUUCUGUUGAGUUUGCAAGAUGAGGCACGUCACACUGGUGUUCAGAUUCAAGACUUCUUGGUGGAGAAGUAGUCAAAUUUUUUCUCCCUUGAACAAUUAAUAUUUUGUUCAUUGACUAUGAGUGAUUCAGUGUGUAAUGUUAAAUUUUUUAAAUAAAAACUGAGGCAAUGAUUUUGCUGUAA